AUGUUAUCCCAAGAACCUGCGCAAGCUUUACACAGUUUAUUACAAAGCUCAAUCGCGAAACUCGCCCUUUUCAGUCUUAUUCUCCCGGUCAUCUAUUGUGCCUCAAUUGCAUUCUAUAAUGUAUACUUACACCCACUCUCCAAGUUUCCUGGUCCAUUGCUUGGACGCGCAUCUCUGCUAUGGCGAGCCCGAUACUCGAUGGGAGGAAGAUUUCACGCCUCGAUCGACAAAGCACACAAAGAAUAUGUUCGUAUAUCCCCGAAUGAACUCUCCUUCGCCUCAGUUGAAUCUUGGAAAGCCAUAUAUGGACACCCGGUCGCGGGGAGAGCCACAAUGGUAAAAAGCGAGUUUUACGAUAUGUACGGAUCUGGUUUUGACUCCCUGUGUAUUGGAUCAGAACGGAAGCCGCAGGUUCAUUCUCGUAUGCGCAAAUCUCUGACACCUGCCUUUUCGACAAAGGCUCUCGCAGAGCAAGAGUCGAUCGUGCAAAUGUGUAUUGAUGAAUUUAUUGAAAAGGUAGGGGAACAGGGAACGCAAGAGAAGGGGUUGGAUAUGACGAAGUGGUUUGAAAUGUUAGCUUUUGAUAUUCUAGGCGAGAUGGCAUUUGGAGAAACUUUUCAUUGUAUUCAGAAUGGCAAACCUCACCACUGGAGCGAGAUGAUAACAUCUCAUCUGUUUUUUAUCACCCUGCUUGAUAAUCUCCGCCGCUAUCCCAUCUUUUAUUAUAUCGGAAUAUUUCUCUUACCCAAACUUACGUUCUCAGUACGGAACCAGCAUUCGCAGUUCAGUCGUGACAAAGUCGCGCGCAUCGCCGGUGGAGAGACAGUAGCAACCUUCCUAGCUGCUACCACAUACUAUAUCCUUAAAAAUCCCUCUGUCUAUGCGGAACUUUGCAAGGAAAUCCGUUCCCAAUUCCACAGUCUAUCCGAUAUCAACGCGACAGCUGCUCAGCAACUGCCUUACCUUCAAGCCGUCAUUUCAGAGGGCCUGCGUAUCUAUCCACCGGGCUCCCAGGGCUUUCCUCGCUUGAGUCCUGGAGCAGAGAUUGCUGGAAUGUAUAUUCCACCCGGAACGGAAGUUUACACCAGUGCCUGGACAGUGACUCACGAUACGCGAUACUUCCAUGAUCCCUAUGCCUUCAAACCCUCCCGCUGGCUCGAUCCCGAUUGCACUGAUAUCAAAGAAGCUAGCCAACCAUUCUCCUUGGUAUUCUAUACCUUCGACCUUGAAUUGUUGGACCCGAAGCUGGAGUGGGAAAAGCAAAGCCGGAUACAUGUCAUGUGGUGGAAGCCUUCGCUUCCAGUGAGAUUCCGGGCGAGAGAAAGAGCCGGAGCCAAAGAAAUGUGA